AUGAGAAAAUGUGUUGAAGCUAUGGAAGAUAUUUCUAUUGUGCAAUCAACAAAAGUUUAUAUUCAGACCAAACAGAUAUUCUGGGAAAAUGAAGGAAUCAAAGGUGGUUUUUCUAAGACAAACCUUCCCAUAGGUCAGAUUCAUUAUCUCACUCCGGAAGAUCCCAACACAAAAGAAGGACUUGUUUUGAUCUACACAUGGAAAAAUGAAGCUCUGCUUUUUGGAUCUAUGAAAGAAGAGCAAGUGAAACAAAAGGUGAUGAAACAACUCGCAGAAAUCCAUCCGGCAUUCAAAGAAGACAUGGUGACAACAUGUAUUGUUCAUGCUUGGUAUAACCAGCCAUCUUAUCAAGGAGCGUAUGGAACAAUGAAAGCUGCUCAACACAAAAAUAUAAGGUAUUUAUGGGAGCCUAUAGGAAACGUUCAUUUUGCUUGCGAAGGAAUUUCUUUUACCCCGAAGUGGAUACAAGGUGCUUUGGAAAGUGGUUUAAAAGCUGCAUUUCAAGUUUAUGAACAACUUAUGGAAAGAACUUUUACCAAAGUUUGUGAACUUUUUUCUGCUUCUGUAACCUCACCCUUUAUGUCAAUUUAUUUUUAUAACAUGAAGAUAUAUUUGACGUAGUCUUAA